AUGACAAGUUUUGCAUAUUAUGAAAAUGAGCCUGAUUUCAGCAUCCAUCUCGGCAAGACAACCUGUCUACUCUGUAGACACGUUGCAACUUCCCAGUCUCUAACUCUCGAUCUACAUGGAAAGGAGCUUGGUACCCUGGAGUGCUCACCGAGUUGUGUAACGUGCUCGAUAAAGCCACAUGAGCAGCCAUGGAUGCAUAAGCUCUGUUUCGACCUGUUGAGGGCUAGCAACAAGCCCAAUGAACCGACGCUUGAGGACUUGCGCAGAUUUGCAACCGUAACCAAACCUAUGUACAAGUUCCUGCGUAGGAACGAUACCGACAGUGCAUCUUCCCGUGAAGGGCUUUUCUCCCGUCAUGCAAGGCCCAUCGUGGAAAACACCCUCAGAAUCGAAUUGUUUGAAAGGCUACCGGCUGAAAUCCAGGAUAUUAUCUAUAGCUAUAUUGGCUCAUGCUGGUAUCUGAUCGUGCUCGGGGAGAGCUGCAGAUUGAUUGAGGAGUUGAGAAGUCGGCAUGAAAGUCCGUGCAAACAAUUGAGCCUGAACAAAGAGGUAUAUAUCUCGAGAAUACCCUAUCAAGGCAAUUUCUAUAUUUCUACUAUCAGCAACGAACAGCCGGAGCCUCCCUUGGAUGGCUGGAGCCUAGAGUGUUUGAACAUACCCGAUGGUCUGAACAAGAUUGUCGUAUCGACUGACCAUAUUGGUGUGCGAGGCAUACAAUUUGUAGUGGACGGGAGUGCUCCCCCGCGAUCAGAUGGAUCACCAUGGUAUGACUUUAUCGACAUCCCAGACUCCAGCCAGAUGCUCCAUGUUGCUACUGAGGGUCUAUUUGUUAGAGGAAUACGGCGUGCAGAGGACAAGGAAGCUCAAGGCACCUUGCCUUUAUGGAGCUGCCCAACCCCCCCUAAACUUCAACCAUGGAACAUUUAUGACGAUUUCGGAGGCCAUCGCUUAGACUACGUUAACCUUGACGGCGAGGGCGUUCAAGGACUUGUUGUUUGCUGUUGCAUUACCACGACCAUGGGUUUAUACGCAUUUUCAGGCCUUUCAAAACCAUUCAAAGAGUUUGUUGCCUCGAUGCAGCAAAAGGCCAACCUGCGUCCCACGUUUUGGAUGUACUUCCCAAUCAACGACGGCGAACUGAUUACGGCUGCUUGGAUUCGCAAAAUGAAAGGACAAUUUGGGGCGUUUGCAGAACCAGUACUAGCUAUUCAAACCACGCUCGGGAGAACAGCUACAUUCGGGCCCUACCAUCGGGGAAGUUACCAUCAGACUAACGAAUUUUUCCCACUAGUCAAGGACGGCGACGGUACGAUUUCGGGUUUCACUCACGACGGACUAGACAUGCAAAAGGCCGAAGCCUCGCACUUCGGUGUCACCUGUCGCGAGAGUGAAGAUGCCACUCUCACGUCUUUGAAGCCAGCUCCGCCACCUGCUGAGAUUGAGGGGUACACUUCUCCAGUCCCGUAUUCCAACGGAGCAGGGUUGGACUGGUACAUGACCACAGCCACGCUAAGUGGACUGUCAAGGGUGCGAGUGUGUAGGGAUCUAGAUAUGCCACGCCACACAUGCAUCGGAUUGCUACUGUACUAUGAAGAUGGCCACGUAGAGUCCCUCGGCCAAAUACGCUGGGACCAGGACGUGUCACGAGAGGUAUCUAUGCCUAUACGUAUCAGAAGGUGUAAAGUUGAUGGAAAUACAUUUCUUGUGGAAGUACAGGGCAUCGAUCUCACUGGUGGUGAGGGUGAAACCGAUGGUGGGCUUGAUGAGGAGCUAGCCGAGGGAUGGCUAGACGUGCCGCGGACGGGGACGAUGGUUUGGCGGUUUCAUUCUUGGUGGAAGAUUAUAUCUGUAUAUAACGAUGCAUCGUUGAGGUCUCGAAGCAUGGUUCCUACUAGUUAUCUAAACUCAACUAGCUAG